AUGGAAUCGGUGUGUGUUUUCAGCUUUUACGAAAAAAAAACUCCCUCUAAAAAAUUGUUUCCCUCCAAAAAAAUGUCGAAUAUUUCAAAAACCCUUACCUUUGACAAAUCUUCUCCCACAAUUCUCUUCCAUUCUUCAACCUCUGCGUCUCUGUUAUAUAUACACCAUCGACAAACUAUUCAUCAUCCCUACCCAAAACCACAAGCAAGUUUAAUCCUUUCUCCUCCUCACUCACUUGCUAUGGCGACCUUCAAAGCUUCCGUUUUGCUCAGUGACGUCUCCAAAGAUGAGGGACAUCUCGGAUCCGGUGCCAUUCAUGUCAUCACGGGUCCUAUGUUUUCCGGGAAAUCCACCUCUCUCCUCCGCCGAAUCAAGACAGAGAUCAGUGUCGGAAGAAGUGUUGCGAUGGUGAAGUCGAGCAAGGAUACGAGAUACGCUAAGGAUUCAGUGGUGACGCAUGAUGGGAUUGGAUUCCCUUGCUGGGCUCUUCCAGAUCUCAUGUCGUUUCCUGAGAGAUUCGGACAAGAUGCUUACGACAAGCUUGAUGUGAUUGGUAUUGACGAGGCACAGUUCUUUGGAGAUCUUUAUGAGUUUUGCUGCAAAGUCGCUGAUGUUGAUGGCAAAACUGUUAUUGUUGCAGGCCUUGAUGGUGACUAUCUAAGGAGGAGAUUUGGUGCUAUUCUUGAUAUUAUACCAAUAGCUGAUUCUGUGACGAAGCUAACUGCGAGGUGUGAGGUUUGUGGGCAGAAAGGUUUCUUCACUCUGAGGAAGACUUGUGACACCAGAACCGAGCUGAUCGGUGGAGCUGAUGUCUAUAUGCCGGUCUGUCGUAAGCAUUAUGUCAAUAAUCAAAUUGUCAUCAAUGCUUCAAAGAAAGUGUUGGGUUCUGAGAAGGCAAGAGCUGAAACUUGUGUGAAGACAAUUGCUGAUAUGAUCUAACUAUGACUUGCUGCGGAACAAAUUAAACAUAUAAUAUAGUGAGAUUUUCUGUCUGCUUUUACUUGUCUUUGAAAACCUCUUAUGAUGUUUCUUGUAUAUGAAUAUAAAUGUUUUAUGAUUCCUCUA